UUUUGUCAAGGAAUUGGAAGCUGAGCUCGUUUGAUAAUUCACUUUCAAAAUAAACAAAUUACAAAUUCUCGAACGGAGCCGUAGUAAAAAAUCGUUGAAGAUUUUAGGCGGAAAUAUUUCAAAACAGCGUCCAAAAAACAGCGCAAAAACAAAACAACGUUCGCCGGGGAUAGACCAAAGGAUGUAAAGAUAUUUCCUCUUCAAAAAGAAACCAUGCAAUGUCCUUUGUGCAGAGAAUCUGUGGCUGAUGAAAACGCUUUGCAAGUUCACUAUCUCAUGUCGUGUUUGGGAUAUCUCGAUAACGCUUCAACAAAUAAACAAAACGAAGCUCCUCCGAGCAAAAAGUUGGUGCAGUUCAGAUGGAUCAAAUCGAAGCCAACUCUUGCUAGAGAAGUCUAUUUGAUCAGCUCUUUGGCUGGAUCUGUGAAGCUGGAUUGGCGAGUAAUUGAUGAAUGUUUUCUGUCAGAUCAAGUGGAGGUACCCCAGGGUUUGCAUGUGUGUCAAUUGGUUGUGGAUGGAGAUAUGAUGUCAACGGAUGAUUUCAGUGUUUCUGAUACUAGUCGAACUAUUGAUGUUCUGAUCUCUAAAGACUCUCCAGUUGAUGAAUCAACAGGCAAUGUUUCUGAAGAAGAACAUCAAAUGGAAACCACAUCAAAUCCGGGCAAUGUUGAUGAAGCAGACGGAGAAACUGAAGUUCCAUCCACAGAGGCAGAAACAACCAGAAAAAGUUCUUUGUACAGAGAACUUAUAACUCAUCAAAUUCUUCACGGGGAUUCUUUUGAAACUCUGACGGGUACCACUCGGCCAGAUCUCGGGGAAAGUUCGGGCUCACGGAAGGAAAGAUCGAGAGGGAACGGCGUAUCUUCGAGGAAGACUCGUGCUCCGAUAGUCAGGGACGCCCAGGAUACAAGUGGGAUUGACGCGGCAUUGACUGGCAGUGAAGAAACAACUCGGAGAAAUCCGGAUGAUUCCGAACUUCCACGAGAAAGGAAUAAUGACGCUCCAUAUCACUCGUUGAGCCCCGAGGAACUGCAGGAGUUCCUCCAGCCAACAAGACCUCGGCAAGAGAUCAGUGGUGGAGAUGACGACAGCCCUAGCAUAGUAACAGAAGAGAGAGAAUCAUCACUUUCGGACAUCAACGGUACUGAAGGAAACUUGUUAAAUCUUUCACAAGAAGAUUUUGAUGCCCGACCGGAACUUCUCGGCCAAUCAAAUGGCGAGAACGAAGGCGAUCACGUUCGGCCUGGAACUGUUCCCCAUCCAGAUACAUCAUCAGAUCAGGGCGGCGAAGAUGACGUCGUGGUGACGACUCGUGAACAGUCGACGUUGGGUGAACGAGAACGAUCGGUGCGUGGUCGUGAACAACCGGGCAGGGAUCGGGAACAGUCGGUUGGCGAUCGUAAACCUUUGGUAGGGGAACGUGAAUCAUUAGUUGGCGUUCGUGAAUCAUUAGUUGGCGUUCGUGAAGAGUCGGUAGACGAUCGUAAGGAGUCGGCGGGCGGUCGUGAACAAGAAGUUCUUCCCGUCGAACGUCGUGAGCCAUCGUCGGACCAAGAUAGAGAAAGUUUGAUCAAUGGUUGUUCCGAGCAGUCUCCGAACAACGAUGGUCGUGAAAUGUCGUCCGGAAAUCGACCGAAACCAUUACCGCGUGACCGUCACGUGGAAUCCUUGGCUGACGAUCCUGGACUUGUCGGAGACAAACGUGAGCAUUCGGGUAGCGAAGAUGAAACGUCAGGCGAGAAUCGUAAACCGUCGGGAGACGAUCGUAAAGCGUCAUCGGGCAGCCUUCGCACCGAGAACCAAGAUCCAUUGCUCGGCCACCACGAACUAACUUCGGCUGGUCUUCUGGGGAGAUUUUCCGAUGGCGGCAGAGAUCGACAAUUCUUUUCCCUCCCGGUUACAACAGGAAUUUCCGUCACCAGGGGUCAAGGGCCGCCCCACCAGAGUUUCCCCACCUUCUCUAACGGAACUCAAGGACCAGACAACACUACCCACGACGGUAGCCAUGGGUUAGAAAUUAAUCCAGUAACGACCACCAUUCCAGAUGACCUUCUUUUCAAACCUCAGUCCACGAAAACCCAUCCCAGAACCGCCAGGAAGGUAACGAACGCAAGAAGACCAUUUUGGAGAAACCAAUCCGGUUACAAAGGCAAGAAAUCGAAGCCCGCGAGUCGCGAAGUCAGCGGGAAAAACUUGGAUAUUGGGUCUCGAAAUGAGGACGCGAAUGUUCAAAAUGAAAGAAGUACACUCACAAGUCGCGAGGGUGGUGCUAAAGUUCAAUAUAUUGGUUCCCGAACAAGAGAAAUCCAUGAUGCAGACCCCGAUGCUGGUUCUCAGAACAGAGAAGUGACAAUUUCAAGCACAAAUGCAAGUACUUCAAGUAAGAUGACUCGUGACGUUCCACGGUCCACAAAUAUCUCUGUGGGUGAAAAUUUUCCAGCGGUUUCCAGGCAUAAACCUCAGGGAUCUUAUCUGACCGGCAGUGAUGUCAAGCGUCCCCCGUCGUACACAACUAUCCCAAGUAGAUCCUAUUCAUCUCAGCCGUAUACAUCUCAUACAGCAAUUUCCCCACUGUCACCCCCUCGGGAUGACGAAACGGCCGUGUCAAGUGCAUUGGGGUCUGGGACCAGAGGAGUCACAGAUCGUGACACUCGUGUUGCCUCGAAAAUCAUUCUGGAUCGAGACACUCCGACGGGUUCUUCACAAAAGGCUGAUGGAACUCAGGCUUCAAGUGGAGGUUCGGUGACCACAGCUAAUAAAACGUUUACAGACGAAAGCAUAAAAGAACUUCUGGAGUCUUUAAAGAAGGAGACAUCAAAAGGAAAGUCAUCUUCAAAGAGCCCUCGAGAUGAAGUCAGCAGCACUAGUGAAAUUCCUACAUUGAAAACUAGACUCACAGAGCAAGAAGAACUGAUCAAAAAGUUGAAAGCCAAACGUUCUGAUGACAAGAAAGUAAUCGAGGCACUUCGAGAAAAGGAAAUUCAGUUAACGAAAGCUCUAUCGUUGGCUGAGGGGAAUAAAAAAGCGUUGAAAGACCAAGAGGAAAUUGCAAGCCAGUUAAUGGAUGCUUUGGGUGACAAGGAAAAGGAAUACGCUGAACUGGAAACACAAGCUCUUGAUUUAAAGCGGGAACACAAGCGCUUGAUUAGCGAGAUUGAAGAAAUGAAGAAAAAAUACGAAAAGAAAAUUCAUGAUUUGAGGAGUAUUAAUGUUUCUCUGGAAGAUAAGAUUAAAUCUCAUCAUGAAACGUCCAAACCCAAAUCCCCAAGACACACCGAAGAAUACAAACAGCUACUUGAGUCUUGUAUGAAAUCUCGGGCCGUUGCCGCGAGUCUCGAAGACCAAGUGGAAGCAUUAAAGAAAGAAAAUAAAGAUCUCAAAGAUAAACUGGAGUUGUCGCCAGAAGACAUCUCGAAACGUACCAGAGCAAACUACUCAUCUUCCCCAGACAGAGGCAUGAGAACAAGUCGUGAAGAGCAAGUGACAAAUUCGAUGAAUGGUUACCUGGAUACCAACGAAUCGUCAUCUUUGGUUGGUCGACAGCAGUUGGAUAGUCGACAUAGUCCAACUGAUACCCGAGCACGCGCCGAGAACGACCGAUAUCUAUCGUAUGCGUCACGAUAUUCGCCGAGUGAUUCCCGAUACCCUUACGACGAUCACCGAACAUCGUACGAAAGUCGACGACACUUGCCGGAGAGUGCGAAUACUCGCCCGACUCACUCACGACCAGAAUCCGAAUCAACCCGAAGCCAUUUUGAGACUCAUCAACGAAGCAGGUCCGGAAGAUCCCGAGACCGAUCCGAUGUUCAUGCAUAUGAAAGUCCCGAAACAAGUCCUCGAGUUGAAAAGCAUCGAAGUCGGCAGUCGAGAAGUCGCGAACGUAGCACGAUGUUUGACGAUCUUUCACCGUCGGAAAUUGCCGGAGUGGAUUACAGGACUCCGUAUUCCAGACGCAGCCACAGUUCAGACGCUAUAAGAAAUGUUCGCCGCGACCAGGACAAGAUCUCGCCCAGUCAAGAAAGAGGAAGCCAAGAGCUUGACCGAAGAAGUAAAGAUAGAUCAGGUUUACAUCGUACAGGCUCCUCUGACAAUCUUCGCAGUUCAAGAUUUACGUCCGCAGAUCUAACGGACGACUUCACCCUGACCGGCGAAGGCCUGGGUUCAACUCCAUCCCCAGAGACAGCAUCAUCCCGGAGAUCCAGUCCCGGAAAAGGAACCCCAUUCGCGCCAGAGAGCCCGCGACAGUUGGAUGUGGGAAUGUCUGUGUUAGUCACUCGACACAGAGGAAAAUUAAGUCGUGGAGUAGUUCGAUAUAUUGGAUAUCUUCCUGAAAAACUAAACAAGAUAUACAUUGGGCUCGAGCUUGGAGAUUCAGAUGGUAAGCAUGACGGCAAAUUUAAUGGCCAAAGAUUUUUCAAAUGCAAACAAAACCACGGUGUAUUUGUUCUUUUUGAGAAAGUUGUUAUGGCUUACACGUGAAGUCAAAUAAGAUACGUAUAAACAACUCCCAUCAACAGAACAUCGUUGCCAACAGACUUGUAGCUUUCUUGUCGAAAAUGACAUUCCAACAACAUUCCUACUCGCUACAACACUGCCUCUUUUAACUUCAUUAUUAAGAGGAGAUAUUUUUCUAUGUCGCGUAAUAUAUGCUCAAAACCUCAGUUAUAUCUUCAUGCAACAGCA